AUGGCCUCCCAAAAUUCCCAGAUUCCACGAAUAUGCGGCAGCUGUAGCAAGAGACAUAGUCCAUCUGAGCUUUGCUAUACUCCAUUGAGAUGUUGGAAUUGUGAGGAACCGCCGAAGUAUAUCGACUGGAAUACUUUUCUCAUCGCAAAAACGGAUUUGAGUCAAGUCAAGAGCGAACAGCUGAGAAGUGCGGCAGUCGCUAUUCAAAAUGAUCAGUACACUGCAGUCCUUUGCGCCGAAUCCCCUGAUAGUCCGUACGCGCAGAACGGCACAGAGAAGGUAGCGGUGUUCCUACAUAUACCUGGAGGAGACAAGAGGUUGUCGUUUACGAAACUGGGUCCGGGCGAUAUCUCGGCCAGUUCUAGGAAGUGGGAGGAGAUCAAAUUUGCCGAUUGGACAAUGUUUAAGGAUAUUCUAGGAGUGACUUCAUUACCAUCCAAUUUCCCGACACCAGAGAAUAUUUGUUUACUAACACCUGAUGAACUAGACACAGACGUUAGGGGCUUUGACGUGGGUGGUCCAUGUACUGAAUAG